AUGUAUAUCAUCUUAUGUUUCCUACUGAGGAUACUCAGUGCUGUUGGCGCUCGAUUGAGGGAUAUUACGGAACAGAUGGGUGCCGAGACCAGUUUGCUGGCCAUGCGCCUAAUGAUGAAUCGGGGACUGCACAUUGCCGAGCGAUUGCUCUGGAUGAUUGUGCUGCUGGGCAGCAUUUGUACGGUCUAUAUGCUCAGCCAGAUGCAGAUAGCACGAUAUUUUACCUCGCCCACGGUCAUUUCGGUGGAUCGUGACUAUCGUGGUUGGAACGGUUCUCUGCCGGCGGUGACACUAUGCUACUAUGACCAUAUCGAUUCGUUUAAGGCCAAUGAGGUGAUACAGGAGGAAUGGAACGUGUCCAUAAUCGAUGAGGAUUACUUUUACAUCAUGGACUUUCUCUAUGCCGUGGUAAAUGCCACUGUCAGCAACUACGCUGAGAUAACCAAGUUCUCCAGCGACGAGCGGUUCGAUGAUAUAAAUCUGUAUGAUGUAAUACUAGCCAUAAAUCGGCCAUUCGAUCAAGUGAUUAGCAGCUUUGAUGCCAACUUCAAAGUGCAUGUCCAGAUGGUCAUGACGGAGCGCGGAUCCUGCUAUGCCAUCAACUCGCCCAUGUCGGCAGUGUUGGGCAAAGAAGUUUCAGUGCAGUUUGAGGACUUGCCUCCACCGCUAUCCUGUCAGUUUGGCAAGCAGCAGUGCUAUAUACGCAUGGAUCUCUAUGAGAGCACGGGCGUGCUGGAUGUGCACUCGCCGUAUGAGGUUUCGGCAACAGAAGCAAAUAUAGUUGCGCUGCACAAGUCGGAUGAGAUAACUGCCUCAUUCAAGGUGCUCGAGACGGUAGCAUCUAAGAACCUGCGGGAAUUAAGCGUAGAACAGCGCAUGUGUGUUUUCAAUGAUGAGGAAACAUCCAAUCUCAAGAUAUACAGCAAAUCACUGUGUCUGGCUCGGUGUCGAGCAGUUAUGUCUUUGGAAAUGUGCAAUUGUGUGCCCUUCUUCUAUCCGUUUGUGCCUGGGCCCAGCUGUAAUCCGGCUGGCUUCGAAUGCCUGCUAGAUUUUAAAUGGCCCAUUUGGGCGUUACACAUUUGCAAGUGCCCCUCAACCUGCACCGAAAUCGAGUACACCAUGCAGACAGUGAAGAAGAGCUCCUGGGGCAUGAAGAGCAACGAAGAGGCGACGAGCAUUGAAACGGCCACAUCUAGUUUCCGUUGGGAUCUGAUACCGCCCAAGGUGCGUUUCCGGCGAGAUGUGGUCUUUAGCUUUGAGGAUCUGAUUGUAUCCUUUGGCGGUGCACUGGCCUUGUUUAUUGGCGUUAGUGUCAUGGGUCUCGUGCAAAUGGGCUACAUUAUUCUCAUCAACGUUUUACAGGACAUAUUUAAGCUGCUGUGGUUCAUUAAAACUUGUUUAGUAAAAAACUGCCGCCGCAACAAAAAAUCCAAAAGUCUCACUCACAUCCAGAUUAACGUUUCACGAGCUGAAACAGCGGAGCUUCCGCUAUUUGAAUAUGUUAACUAAUAAUAAUAUAAAUCGAAAA